UUCCAAUCCCAGAGCCGAGCACGAGUGGCCAACUGUUGAGCGUCGGCCAAGGAGCACCACCACCCCCAUUUCUAUAUAGGAGCUUAUAUAGCUUGGAGCAGAGGCAGUAGCAGCAGCAGCAGCAGCAGCAGCAGCAACAGCAACAGCAACAGCAGCAACAGCAGCAGCAGCAGCAACGUUGAACUAGCAACACUCAUUCUAAAUCGACGCCUUGCUGACUGCAGACGGGCUCCUCGCACUCGAAUCGUAUCCAUAUAUAUCGCAUCGGUCGGUUAAUCCCAAUAUCGAACACCGCUCUAAUCAUUAAUUAAGUGUCUUAGUGUCUUGAGGAAAAUCGUUAUAGUAUAUGCAACCGAUUUGGUUAUCGAAACUAGUUUCCAGCUGCCAGUCAAUAUGUGGUCUCUGCAGCAGGCUCAUUUCUGAAAGAGAGAUACAAAAAUAAUAAACUAAAAACUAGAGAUACAUUUUCACCUGCAGUCAAGUGUAAUUAACAUGGAGGCAUCAACCACACCUGUGCUGGAUCUGCUGCUGAGGCCACAGAAUGGCACAUCCUCCACUGUCACCAAGGCACUCUAUGCGAAUCGGAAUCGUUUGAUCUUCAGCACCAUUGUCAUGGGUCUGGGGGUAUUCGGAAACUCACUGGCUCUGAUUAUUUUGGCGCGCAAAAAGCACAACAAGAAUAGCAAAUAUACACUCAUGUUGCGAUGCCUGGCCACCAAUAAUCUGUUGGCUCUGCUGGGAAUGCUGACCACAUCGGUGCUAAAGUACAAUCUCUCCGAGGAGGUCCAUCAGUCCUUUAUGCGCCUGGACUGUGUGGGUCAUGUGGUGUGGCGGUUCUUUGGCCUCAGUUCCGGUUGUAUAGCGGCUGUAAUGGCUGCCGAAAGGUGGAUGGCCCUGGCAAGGCCCUUUAUAUACCACAAGCACAUCACCUACGAGCUGAUACGCAAAAGCAUCAAUAGCAUAUUGAUUGCGGCUGUGAUCAUCACAUUUCUGCCAUUUGUUGGCUUUGGAGCUUACAUCGACGAAUCCAAUCCGGAGCAGCUGAAGUGCAUACGUUAUAGGGAUGCCCAGGGUACAUGGAACAAGUCCUACGCAGUGCUCUUUAUGAUCUUUGGUAAUAAGGAACCAUUGACCUGUGUCCUUUUUCAACUCAUCUUAUAUAUCCCUUCACUAGGCACCCUUCUCUGCGUCGUGAUUGUGGCCUGUAAUCUCUUUGUGGCCCAUACUUUGCUCUGUGUGAUUGGCAAGAGUCGCACGGCCAAGCGGCACAUGACCUACGAUCUGGUGUCCAGGGAUAAAUCCAGUGUUCAGAUCGAUCCAGAGAGUAGUAGCGCCACCACCCUCUACCAGACGCAGCUCAGUUCUGGCAGUGGAGGAAGUGGUAGCCAUCGUGGUGCUCAACCUGGUAGACAUUAUCGGCAAAGUGUUAGCGUGACUAUGGCAGCCACAGAAUCCUCACCGGUGGAGAUUAAGUUUGCCAAGUUGAUGGCCUUCCUCAGCAUCUCCUUUGUCAUCUGUUGGAUGCCACAAAUGAUCGCUAUUCCCUUGGCCAUUGCCCCGAAUCGGGUGCCUUCUUCGAAUCGUUUCUUCCUCAUUGCCGAUGUCCUGACGGCCUUGCACUUCACCUCGGAUCCAUAUGUCUAUGUUUUGAGUCGCUCCAAGUCCAUUAACUGGUCCCUGCUGGGCUGCAUCAAGCGUUGGCGUAGUGGCUGGCGACCCGGUGGACUCCGUCGCUCCCAGAGCGAUCAGAGCCGCAUGCGCACCACCAUGACGGAGGCCAAUACUCUGGACUUUAACUGAGAGUCCCCGUUCCGCUCGAUCCUCAUGCUAAUGCACCCAAGUACUUAACCGCAGGGCGGAAUCUAUCUCGACGGGGGGAGAGGGAUACAAGCGCCUCCUAGUCUCGUAAGCUGUAUAUAAUAUAACCUACAUUGUAUUACCAUAUCAAGCUUUCCCCACAUGCUCAGCUCACAUAAUCUCAGAAUCCAAGUGGCGAUUUCUAGCAUUAAAUAUAUAA